AUGAAGUUUAGUCACAGUCUUCAAUUCAAUGCCGUUCCGGAAUGGUCGGAAAGCUAUAUAGCUUAUUCUAAUUUAAAGAAACUUAUCUAUGCUCUGGAACAUGAGCAAGUGGAGUUUCCGUUAGGAAGGGUGGACGAAGAAACGGGACUCUUAAAUCAUCAAGCACAAUCAUCGCCGGAUGAGCGAUUUCGUUCAAGCCUCAACAAAGAGCUUGAUGGAAUAGUAAAUUUUUAUGGUCCGAAGGAACGAGAAAUCGAAGAGACCUUUGAAAAGCUCGGGAUUGAGUAUGACAAUUAUGCAUUGGAGUAUGGCUUUGGAAAGCAAACCAGCAGUGGAGAUGGAGUUCGGAGCGCUAUACGGUUCAAAAAGGAUACCAAAAAUCGUCGAAAUCUUCGUGACUCCACCAUUAGUCAAGACGUGCCAACAUCUACCGCCUCUAAUCACCGAGUGUAUAUAAACGGUGCUACCGGCAGCGAGGGAAACCUUAGUAAUCCGGCAGUAUCUCGAGCAGAAUCUACAGCCAUUUUGAAAUCUGAACAUUCAGAUCCAACUCUUCACAAUGGUAUUUCUGUUGGGGCCCCUGAGGACGAAGAGGACGAAGAUGAUGAUGAUGAAGAAGAGGAAGAGGAAGAAGAGGAAGAUACAGACAAUCACCACCGUUUGCUGGUUGAACAAUAUCCCUCUGAUAUCAUGGCAUACGAAAACUUUGUGUCUAUGAAGCGGAAAAUCACUCAGCUGUACAUCUCCAUCCAUGAUCUCAUGUCCUAUGUGCAACUCAACUGGACAGGUUUUUCAAAGAUUCUUAAAAAGUAUGACAAGACCCUUGGGAGUAGUAUGCGUGAGCCUUAUAUGCGCUACGUAAACGAAGUGUACCCAUUCCGCCCUGAGGUUCGUGAUUCAUUGACAACGCGUCUAAAUAAAGUGACUGAAUGGUACGCCAACUUGUGUUGUCGAGGCUAUACAUUUGUUGCUAUCCGACGCCUCCGGAGCCAUCUGCGUGAAUACGUUGCUUGGGAACGAAAUACCGUUUGGAGAGAAAUGAUUGCAAUAGAGCGUAGAACUGAGGCUGCACGCCUCUCCGGUCUUCCGUCAGUAGUUGGAGGGGUCAACGACAAAGACCCUUUUGCUUCCAAAUACAUAAUCUUUCGCAGUAGAUUUGGAGAUUUAAAAAUUCGAAGGUUCUUUCUGAAUUCCACACUCCUCACUAUUGCUGUCAUAUUUUCCUUAUUUAUUGCUAUCUUAAUGUACCCGAUAAUUGAUAAUAAAGAACAAAAUAAUUGCAUGGCACUCCUUGUGCUGGUUUCCCUCCUGUGGGCCACAGAGGCUAUUCCUCUAUUCGUUACGUCUUUCCUUGUCCCCUUCCUUACCGCUUUUCUACGAAUUUUACGUGCUGAGGAUGGUUCACCUUUACCGGGGAAGGAAUCAACAAAAGUCAUUUUUGCUUCCAUGUGGAAUCCAACAAUCGUAUUGCUCUUGGGAGGUUUUACGAUUGCUGGAGCACUGAGCAAGUACCAGAUUGCAAAACGGCUCGCUACUUCUAUCCUUGCCCAUGCUGGUCAAAAACCAAGAAAUGUAUUAUUGAUGAAUAUGGUUGUCGCUAUGUUUGCUAGCAUGUGGAUUAGCAAUGUUGCAGCUCCUAUCCUUUGUUUCUCCAUCAUACAACCCCUUCUAAGGAAUCUUCCAGCUGAUUCUGAAUUUGCAAAAACAUUACUUAUCGGCAUUGCCCUUGCAUCAAAUAUUGGAGGUAUGGCUUCUCCUAUUGCCUCUCCUCAAAAUAUUAUUGCGCUGCAAAACAUGGAUCCUUCACCCGGUUGGGGCGAAUGGUUUGCGGUUUCCAUACCGGUUUGUAUUGUGUGUGUCUUGGGCGUUUGGCUGUUCUUGUUGUUUCUGUCUUCUUCUUCAGAGCGCGUUGUAUUGGCCAAGAUUCGUCCAAGCAGAGACAAGUUUACCAAAACACAAUGGUUCAUCUCUUUCGUAACUAUUAUAACGAUUAUACUUUGGUGUUUUGAACGACGGUACGAUGAGAUUUUUGGAGACAUGGGCGUAAUUGCUUUAAUACCUAUUAUUGUUUUUUUUGGUACGGGUCUCCUAACGAAAGAGGAUUUUAACAAUUUUCUAUGGACUGUUAUCGUGUUAGCAAUGGGAGGUGUCGCUUUGGGCAAAACUGUGUCAUCGUCUGGACUUUUGGAGUUAAUAGCUAUCAAUAUCGGAAAUGCUGUGUCGUCCUUGGACACAUUCAAGGUAUUGUUGGUCUUUUCAUUGCUAACAUUGGUAGUAGCUACGUUUGUUUCACAUAUGGUGGCUGCCAUGAUUGUUUUACCAGUCAUUCACGAAGUUGGUAGCCGGUUAGCUGACCCUCAUCCUCGUAUUUUUGUGAUGGCUUGUGGUUUAAUGUGCAGCAUUGCAAUGGCAUUACCGACUAGCGGGUUCCCUAAUAUGACGGCCAUUAUGAUGGAAAAUGAAAUGGGAAAACGUUAUUUAAAGGUUUCUGAUUUCCUAAAGGCUGGAAUCCCAGCUACUAUAAUAUCAUUUAUUGCUUUGCUCAUAAUAGGAACUACUAUCAUGCGGGUAUUGGGAUUUUAG